AUGGAUGAAGAUCAAAAAUUAUGUUGCAUGUCAAUUGGAUUUUUACUUCAAAAGAAAGAUGAUUCUGUUGUUUGGCGUGGUCCAAAAAAAAAUGCAAUGAUUAAGCAAUUUCUGUCGGAUGUUUGUUGGGGUGAAUUGGAUUACCUAAUUAUCGAUACACCACCAGAUGAACAUUUAUCCGUUGUGGAAUACUUGAAAGAUGCUAAUCCUGAAGGUGCUAUCCUUGUGACUACCCCACAGGCGGUUGCAUUAGCAGAUGUGCGUAAAGAAUUAAAUUUUUGCAAGAAAGUGAAUUUACCUAUAUUAGGUGUUAUUGAAAAUAUGAGUGGAUUUAUAUGUCCACAUUGUGAGGAAUGUACGAAUUUGUUCUCAACUGGUGGUGGUGAAACAAUGGCUCAUGAAUUUGGGGUAGAAUUUUUAGGGCGUGUUCCAAUUGAUCCGUCCUUGACUCUCAUAGUAGAAAAUCAAGAUCCUUCACCUGAUAAUGAUUUGAUUAAAAGAUACUCUGCUUCAAAUUUGUUUAAAGUGUUGAAAAUCUUUGUUGGCACAAUGAGCGAUAGAGAAACGAUUGGUAAUAACGGUGCGGAUGACGACUUGUCACUUCCGAAAGCUACCGUCACAAAACUUAUUACAGAAAUGUUACCGCCUGAUAUUAAUUGUGCUAAGGAUACCCGUGAUUUACUAAUAGAUUGUUGUGUCGAAUUUAUUCACUUGAUCGCUUCUGAAGCGAACGAUAUAUGUGAAAAAGACGCUAAAAAAACGAUUGCUGCGGAACAUGUCAUUGAUGCCCUCAAGCAUUUGGGUUUUGAGAAUUAUCUUAGUGAAGUACAAGAAGUCUUAAAGGAACAUAAAAAACUGCAAAAAGAUCGUGAUAAGAAAAGUUCUAGAUUAGAAAAUUCCGGAAUGACUGAAGAAGAAUUAUUGAGGCAACAAGAACUCUUGUUCGCACAAUCACGUCUUAAAUAUCAGGCUCAACAGCAAAAUUAA